AUGUCGUCCUCUCCUCCCUUGCGCAGUCUGACAAUCGACAACAUCAACCAAAAUGUGAAGAGGGCGCAUUAUGCUGUUCGCGGCGAGCUCGCGAUCAAGUCAGAGGAAUACCGUCACAAGUUAACACAGGAUGGCCCUUCCACUCCUCCAGAGUCCCCGUUGCCCUUCAGCAGUAUCAUCCCCGCCAACAUCGGCAAUCCCCAACAACUCGACCAGAAGCCCAUCACCUUUUUCAGAGAAGUCCUUGCCCUCCUGGAGUACCCUGCACUGUUGGACAAUGAGGAGGCCUUGAAGUCGAGUUUUGGCUACAAGCAAGAUGCUAUAGACCGUGCUCGAUGGCUGAUUAAAGAGGUGGGCUCCGUGGGGGCGUACUCACAAUCCGCCGGUGCUCCUGGGAUACGGCAGUCAGUGGCCAAUUUCAUUGAACGACGAGACGGGUUUCCUGCCAACAGGAAUGACAUCUAUUUGUGUGCCGGCGCUUCGUCCGGAGUGAACACGCUCCUGAACAUCAUAUGUGCCACACCGGAGACCGGUGUGCUGGUGCCGAUCCCUCAAUAUCCUCUGUACACGGCCACACUCGAAAUCCUGAACGCCCGUUGUGUACCCUACUACUUGAAAGAAUCCCAUUCAUGGGGCACCGACAUCGAAAUCAUUAAGAAGGCUUAUGACAAAGCGGUCAGCGAGGGUACAGAUGUCCGUGCCAUAGUCAUCAUCAACCCUGGCAAUCCUACGGGUGCCUCUCUGGACGAAGAUGACGUGGAGGAUGUUAUCAAGUUUGCCGCGGAGAAGAAUCUUGUCAUCAUGGCCGACGAAGUGUACCAAACGAAUGUCUUCAUUGGAAAAUUCCACCCUUUCAAGCGGGCACUGCGUCAAAUGCAACGAAGAGAGCCCGGACCCUAUGACAACGUCGAGCUUGCAUCGCUCAACUCGGUGUCCAAAGGUAUGGUGGGCGAAUGCGGACACCGAGCUGGCUACUUUGAGCUCGUGGGGUUUGACCCGGAGGUUCAGGCCCAGAUCUACAAAUUUGUCUCCAUCAUGCUUUGUCCGCCUGUCAUCGGCCAGUGUCUGCUGGAACUCGUGGUGAACCCGCCCAAGGAGGGCGAUCCGAGCUUCGCACUCUACGACGAGGAAUACAAUGGCAUCAAGAAUGGCUUGAGAGAAAGAGCCUAUGCACUAUAUGACGCGUUCAAGCAUAUGGAGGGAGUAGAAAUUGGUAAACCGCAGGGAUCCAUGUACCUCUUUCCCACCAUCCAUUUGUCUCCUAGGGCGAUCGAAGCGGCGAAGAAGGCAGAUCGUGCCCCUGACGUGUUCUACUGCCUCCGUCUCCUUGAUACUACAGGUAUCUGCGUGGUUCCUGGAUCCGGAUUUGGUCAGGAACCUGGCACGCUCCACGUCCGAACAACCUUCCUUCCACCCGGCACCGAUUGGAUCAGCAGAUGGAUCGACUUCCACCGAGACUUCAUGAAUGAAUAUCGUUGA